AUGUGGCUUCUAGAGAAUGCCGGCGACCUCUUUGGGGGCCGCAAACUCUGGCUUCGCCCAGGCAAGAGGUACCUGUUUGGCAGGACCGUGUCUGAACCCGGACAGCUCGCCAUCUCAGACAAGACCAUCUCUAGGAAGCACCUGACGAUCCAGAUCGACAAUGUCAAGCCUGGCGAAGGCCUCAACCGACAUAGUCGAACAACCGUGACGAUGGAAGACCUCAACACCAAGAUCGGCACCUUGGUCAAUGGCGUGCAAAUACGAGGCCAGGCGCAUGUGCUCACCGACGAGGCCACAAACGAGAUCAAGAUGGGGCACUGCAGCAAACUGUUUCGGCUGACGUGGAACCCGGUGGUGCUGAGCUUCUCGUUCACGGCCAAGGAAUUGCGGGCCGACCCCUGGAAGGAUUACCGAGACGAUCUCGAGCAGCUCGAUAUCAAGUACAUUGCCGAAUACGACCUGUCCUUGACGACGCACGUCGUCGCCAAGAAGAGGAACACGUCAAAGGGACUGCAGGCGCUGGUCAACGGCAAGUACAUUGUGACCGACUCUUUCAUCAAGGCCGUGCUCGAUGCCGCCACGCCGCCGGCCGACGCCGACGGCGCGGGUCAGAGCCCGCUGGAGAACGAUUACGAAGGCAACUGGCCGAAUGAGCUGGAACACCUACCUCCCCGCGGUGAGGAGCCGAGCAACCGGCCGGUCGACGCCUAUGCGCCGAACAAGGAGAGAAAGGAGAUAUUUGACGGAUACACCUUUAUUUUCUACGACAAGAAACAGCACGAGAAUCUGUUUGCACCCAUCACCAACGGCAAAGGCAAGGCGUUGCUGAGGGAGGUUGUCCCGCAUGAGACACAAAUCGACGACUUCAUCCGGUACGUGAAGGAGGUUGCAGGAGAAAAAGGCCUGGGUGAAUUCGAAGACGGCAGCGAAGGCAAGGGAGUUGUCGUAGUGAAGUACGCCCCAGCAAAGGGCGACACUAUGGACUGGUAUGUCAAUUUUGUAACCUCGAUCUCACUGCGACUGGACCACCGGCUUGUUGAUCAGCGGGAAUUCUUGGACGCCAUCUUGGCCAACAAUGCGGCCAUGCUUCGCCGUCCGUUGGAGGUUGAGAGGACGCAACCAGAGCCCUCACAGAUGCAGCCGCAGGGCUCGGAGGCGAUGGACGUGGACCAACCCCAACCAGAUGGAGAGCAGCAACCUGCUCCAGACACGUCGCAAGAGGCUGAGAGCGCGCCUCGGCCGCGGAGAGGCAGAGGAAGGAGGCCAGUCACCAGCCGCUUCAAGGGCUUCGACAUUGAGCUGGAUCCUGAUGAAGAGACGCCGAGCGCCCCGAGCGCCCCAAGUGCUCCGCCUAGUAGCUCUGCGGUACACGCCAAUGAUAUGUUCAUGUCUCAGAACGGCGCAGUCGAGGACGCAAGCGAGGUGCACGGCACACGGCAGAAUGGACGGAAACGCCCCGCCUCGCCGCUCCCAGAACAGGAAGAGGACGUCUUCGAAGAGAUGGCGCCAACCGCUGCGGCUGCGAAGCGCCGCCGCAUAGCCCGCGGCGAAGAUCCGCUCCCUCCUCCCCCGGAACCGGAAGGAGACGAAGAGGAGGUGGUCUCGGACUCGCCACCCCCCGACAAGGCCCAGAAGGGAAAGAAGAAGGGCAAGGAGAACGACAUCCUCGAGCUCGCCGCCAAGAAGCGGGAGGAGAUGGAGAAGCGCGCGGCCGAGGAGCGGCAGCGCCUCGAGGAGCUCCCCGACGACGGCAUCGACUACGAGGAGAUCCGGCGCCUCACCAUCGUCGAGCCGAUGGAGGUCCGCCAGAAGGCCUCUGCGGCGACGGCGCGGUCCCGCGAGCAGGACAUCGCCGACGGCCGCUGGGACCCGGCCUGGAACGGGCGGCGCAACUUCAAAAAGUUCCGGAAGCAGGGGCAGCCGGCGGGCCGGCCGCAGCAGAGGGUCAUCGUCGGGCUGGAGGAGGUCAGGGCCAAGGAGUACGGCAUCGGCGACGACUACUGGCUCGAGGACGACAGCCACCCUAGGAAGAAGGCGGCGUCGGCGUCGGCGUCGGCGUCGAGGCAGACGCAGAGCCAGGGCGCGUCGUCGCAGUCGCAGGCCAAGUCGCAGGAAGCCGUGGCGGCCAAGGGCCGGGCGCCGUCCAGAUCCAUCCCCGUGGAUGACAGUGACGACAGCGGCGAGAACGACGCCGUCCAGGAGAUCGAACCCUCGCCGGCGCCGGAGCCGGAGCUGCCGCGUACCCGGGCGGCCAAGACGGCGACGAGGGCGAACGCCCGGCUCGCGCAGACCCAGACGCAAACGCAGUCGCAGCGGUCGAGCAAGCGUGCGGCCGCGGCCCCGCCGGACAAGGAGAAGGCGGCCAAGAAGCCGCGCAAGGCCAUCGAGGUCCGGGAUAGUGACGACGACAGCGACGAUGAGCUCAAGUUCAGGUUCGGAAGGAGGAGGUAA